CGGAAGUGCAAUUUACACAUCCCCAUGUGCGUGUAUGGAUUUUGUCAACAGACCUGCCAGUCUGCUGCAGAUGUAUCCGACACCCCUAUAUUCUCAUGCGGGACGAGGUCCCUUCAUUGAUGUCUACGAGCCAGCAGAGGACUCAUUUCUGCUCAUUGAUGCUUUGGAGCAAGACGCAGAGAAGCUGAAACAGAUGAGCCCCACUGUUUGUCUGGAGAUAGGCAGCGGCUCUGGGGUGGUGUCUGCCUUCCUAGCAUCGGUAGUCGGACCUGAGUCUCUAUACAUUUGUACUGAUGUGAACCCUGCAGCAGCCCAGUGCACCAUGGAAACCUCCCUCUGUAACAAAGUCUGUCUACAGCCUGUAAUCACUGACUUGGUGGACACUCUCUUGCCAAGGCUGAGUGGAAAAGUUGACAUUCUAUUGUUCAACCCUCCCUAUGUAGUUACACCCCCUGAGGAGGUUGGUAGCCGGGGCAUCGAGGCUGCCUGGGCUGGUGGGUACCGGGGCAGGGAGGUUAUGGACAGGGUUUUCCCCCUCGUUCCUCAGCUUCUAUCUCAAAAGGGUCUAUUUUACCUCGUCACUGUGGUAGAGAACGACCCAGAGGAAAUCAUCAGUGUGUUGGCAGAGGCUGGCCUGCAGGGGGCGUCCUGUCUGUCUAGAAGAGCUGGGAGAGAAAGCCUCUCUGUGCUACGCUUCCAUACGUGACCAUGGUCAUGGGCUCCACACCCCACGCCUUCAAACCCAGCUACAACAGAUUAACAGUGUGGUGGGCUGGACCAGUGAAUGAUGUGUGCAGAAUUUAGAAGUCUGUCAAUGUGUCCCUGACUCCCAACGUUAUCUUGCACUGCCUUGGGAAAAAAAACAAAAAACAUGUUCAAACAGAUUUACUGUAUGCUUAAUCUAUUUUCCACAUUGUUUUUGUUGUUGAGUAAUGCCCUUGUGAGAAUGACAUCUUUUUUUAUAAAACAAAAAUUGACUAUU